UGAUGAAUACUUAUACACCCAUUUUAGUUUCAUUAAUUAUUAUUAAGGUUUAAAAGUUUAAAAAGUUAUUUCCAAAAGUGAUUUUCAUUGUUUUACUUAGGAGUGGCAAUGAAUGAAACAACUUCAAGUCGAUAUGUAAAAUCUAACUACAUUAAAAGAGCUGUUAAAAGACAUUUGAAUGACAUUACCUCGUCUUUUAAUACUGAAAAUGACACUAAAUGCAAUAAUGAAGUUGUUAGUUUCCAAUAUAUUUAUAAUGAAGAUACUCUGCUAUCUGAUUAUUAUAAUUUUAAUGAUAAGCCAGUAAAAAAACAGACAUACAGCAUUGAUCGUAUAAUUGACAAUGGCACCAUACCAUUACUUGAUGAUUCAAGUAUUUAUGACCACAAUCUGAGCUCAAAUCAAUUUUUAUUAGAUUUAUCUAGUACUAAUUUUGAUAUGAAUAACGAAAACAUCUUUAACCUUACAAGUAAUGAUGAAAAUAGAUACUAUUCUACUUGUUCAAGUAGGGAUGAUGACAGCAAAGAAGUAAUUUCGUUUAGGAAUUUGCUUGUAAAAUGGUCAAUAAAACAUAACAUAACACAUAGUUCAUUUUCAGACCUACUUAAGAUACUAUGGAAAUAUCAUGAAGAUUUACCUAAAGAUUGUAGAACAUUACUCAAAAGUAAAAGCUGUUUUUUUAUUAUAGUUAUGAAAGACAUUUAUGGACAAGAUGCAGAGUAUGUUUAUCUUAGAAUAAAAAGCAAAUUAGUGAGUUUACUUGAACUUACAUGCAGUGGUAACUGUAUACAUAAUGAUGUUCAUUUAAUAUUUAGUAUUGAUGGCCUGCCUUUAUAUAAGAGCUCUGCGAAACAGUUUUGGCCAUUGCUUUGUUCUGUUCAACUAGGAAAAAAUUUAUACAAGCCAUUUAUAAUAUCAUUAUUUUGUGGAAAGAGUAAACCAAAAAGUACAGAAGUUUUUUUAGCAGAUUUUGUUACUGAAUUUAGCUCUUUGAGAAAAUAUGGAAUAUUUGUAAAUGGCAAUCACUUUAACAUACAUGCUAAAGCUUUUGUGUGUGAUGCACCAGCACGUGCAUUUAAAAAAGGUAUCAAAGGGCACAAUGUUUAUUAUGGUUGUGAAAGAUGCAUUCAAAAAGGAGAACGUUUUGACAGCAGGACAGUAUUUCUUGAGAUAAAUUCAAUCAGGAGAACAGAUGCUUCAUUUGCAUGUUAUGAACAAGAAGAACACCAUAAACUUGGCGUUGUUCCACCAUUAUUAAAACUAAAUAUUGGUCACCAUUCACAAUUUCCGCUUGAGUAUAUGGAUCUUGUCUGUCUUGGCGCAACACGCAGAUUAUUACUGCAUUGGCUACGAGGUAGUCGUCUUGUUAAAAUAAGUAUGCAAAUUGCUGAUUUAAUAUCAAAUGAAAUAAAAAUUAUAGCUUCACAUGUUACUGUUGAAUUUUCACGCAAACCACGAUCCUUAAAAGAAAUUAAUAGAUGGAAGGCUACUGAGUUUAGGUUGUUUCUGUGCUAUAUUGGACCUGUUGUGUUGCGAAGUAAUCUUGAAGAUAAAUUAUACAAUCACUUUAUGCUUUUGCAUGUAGCGAUUACCAUUUUAAUUAGUCCUGCUUUUUAUUUGAUAUAUAUUGACUAUGCAGAAAAGCUCAUUAAUGAGUUUGUUAAACAAAUGCCAAUUUUAUAUGGGAAAUGCUCUUUAAAUUACACAAUGCACAGCAUUUUUCACAUUUGUGAUGAUGUAAGAAAAUUUGGUUUUUUAGACGAAUAUAGUGCAUUUCCAUUUGAAAAUACUUUAGGCACAAUUAAACGAAUGUUAAGAUCUGGCAGAAUGCCACUCCAGCAGUUGUGUCGACGUAUAUCAGAAAGAGAAGAAAUAGGCAAUAAUCUAAUCACCCAUUUUGGCGAUUUUCAAACACUUCUUAAAAAAUUUCACAAUUAAGGUUCAAUGGAGUUUUCUAUGCUGGAUUUAAUUACUCCACUUUAAAUUGCAACAAUUGCGCUUUACUUAAAAAUAAAAGUGUUGUUGUCAUCAUUAACAUUAUUGAAAGUGAUGAAGUUAUGAUUGUUACAAAAGUAUUUGGUUUUAAAAAGGGAUUUUACAAUUAUCCUUGUAAUUCUUCUCAGCUAAAUGUAUUUCGAGUAACAAAGUUGUCAGACCAAUUGUUUGCCUUUCCUUUGACUACAAUAACAACAAAAUGUUUAUUUUUUCCUAGAGGAAAAUAUUUUGUUGCUUUUCCAUUGUUGCAUCAUAAAUUUGCAGACAUUUAAUAUUAUAUUUAGAUAUUGCAACUUUUUCUUUUAUAUUUUAUUUUUUGCAACUGAUAUUUUUGAUAUGCAACUUUUUUUGCAACUUUGCAAGUGAUAUUUUUGUUGCCAUUGGGCACCGCAUAUAUCAGUUGCAAAGUCAUGUAUAUGAAUCAAAUAUAUUUUCAAUACCACGCAUAUACCAUAUAACUCUAAACAGGUUUAAAUUUGCCAAGAUUUAAUGCUCUUUUAUUUUUUAUUUUUGAAGUAAUGGAGAAGUUUUAAUAAAAGUUCCCAAUAUUAUAUUUAUUAUUUUUU